AUGUCUCAUGAUAUAGGCUGUGAGGACCCCACAGUGCACAGCCCCCCACAACAUACAGUCUAUGUCCUGGUGGGCUCCAGCGCAGACAGCAUUCAGCUGCUGAGCCUGAGUCCGAUUCUGCCCGAAUCUGGCAUCGUCGCUGACAUUGACGUUGAGACGGCCCUAGAGCCCAGCAAGGAGCAGUUCUACCAGUUAAAGAGCCAGCCAAUCCCUGCCAGUCAGACACCGUUACCCUCCCCUCAGACUCCCCUACAGACCUCCAGUGCCAUGUCUUCGCGGGUUCUCCUCCGGCAGCAGCUGAUGCGCGCACAGGCCCAGGAGCAAGAACGGAGGGAACAGGAACAGAAGGCCACACAGCUCUUAGCAGAGCGUGGCAAUGUCCCACCAGCUACGCCAGCCAUCAGUGUGACUCAGCCAACUCGGCCAACUCCAGCGCAGGUGCCGCUGGAGGUACUGAAGGUACAGACUCACCUGGAGAACCCAACAAAGUACCAUAUCCAGGAGUCACAGAGGCAGCAGGUCAAGCAAUACCUCUCCACUACCCUCGGAACCAAAAUGCCCAUACAUGCUUCUGCUCCAAGCACCACCACUCCAGCCCCUGCCGUGUCUGGGGCCUCUCCUCAGACAGAACAGACCCUCCUUCCAACAGCCAGCAGCGCUCCCAACAGCCCCCUGGCCCAGCUCAAAAUUGGCUCCAAUUCAGAGAAGGAGAUUAGUGAUGUCAUCGAUGAGAUCAUAAGUUUGGAAUCCAGCUACAAUGAUGAAAUGAUGGGAUUUGUGGACGGUGUUACACUAAUGAACUUCAUGUCUUCCCAGCUUCCAGGAUCAGGAAACCUCCUUGAUAUGUUCUGUGCUGCAGGAAUGUCUGCUCCCAGCAUCACUGUUAGCAACUCCUGUCCAGCCGACCUACCAAACAUUAAGAAAGAAUAUUUAGAACACGAUGCGAAAGCAAUGAUUAAAGAGCGUCAGAAGAAGGACAAUCAUAACUUAAUUGAACGCCGGCGAAGAUUUAAUAUCAAUGACAGGAUUAAAGAGCUUGGGACCCUCAUCCCAAAAUCCAGUGACCCGGAGCUGCGCUGGAAUAAGGGCACCAUCUUAAAGGCAUCUGUUGAGUACAUCAGGAAGCUGCAGAAGGACCAGCAGCGAGUACGCGACCUAGAAGGACGCCAACGCAAACUAGAGCAUGUGAAUCAGAGCUUGCUUCUGCGUGUACAGGAAUUGGAGAUGCAGGCUCAGCUACAUGGAUUUUCAGGCAAUCAACCAGCUGUGAUCCCCACAGAUGUUCUUAAAACAGAGACUUCAUCUGGAGUUGUGUCUGCCUUUGAGGGUCUGGUCACCCAACAGCAACAUAUGGACCCCUCCACCCUAGAUCUUGGAACACUGCACUUCUCAGAUCACCUGAGUGACUUAGUUGAUCAUGGCCUGAGUUUUGAUUUGAGUUUGACUGGAGAUUCGGCCAUUGCAGAUAUACUUAUGGACGAUGCUCUGUCGCCAUUGGGAGGAGCUGACCCCCUCCUCUCUUCUGUCUCUCCAGGAGCCUCCAAGACCAGCAGUCGUCACAGUAGCUUUAGUAUGGAAGAAGAUUCUUGA